CGUUACUUCAGCUAGUCAGCCACGUGUGCGCUCUUCAACUGAACGUAUGAACCAACUUUCAUCUCCUAGACCGCCUUCGCUGGACGAACGACCAACACGACUAGCUGCAAGUCCUGAAUAUACACUGCUUGGUGACGAUGUCCACGUUGCAUCUGUAGAGGAGAAGAAACGGUUAUGGUGGAGGAACGCAUUAGUCAAUGUGCUGUUCAUUUUCGCGUGGUUCUUCUUCGCUACUAUUCUUUCAGUCUAUAAUAAAUGGAUGUUCUCAGACAAACACAUGAACUUCACCUAUCCUCUAUUCGUCACAUCGUUACACAUGAUAGUACAGUUCACAUUGGCUACUAUUGUAAUACGAAUAUGGCCAAAACAGUUCCAGCCAACUUCAAUACCAACGCUGGAGGAGUAUGGUAAAAAAGCGCUCCCUACCGGACUGGCGACAAGUCUGGAUAUUGGACUCUCUAAUUUAUCAUUGAAAACCAUAUCUCUGUCAUUCUACACUAUGUGCAAGUCUUCAUCCUUAAUUUUUGUCCUACUCUUUGCUUUUAUUUUCCGGUUGGAAAGCUUCUCGUGGCGCCUCAUAGGAGUCAUUCUUCUAAUUUUUUCUGGCGUUCUCCUCAUGGUGGCUACGGAAACACAGUUCGUCCUGGGUGGCUUCCUCCUAGUCAUUAGCGCCAGUGGUCUUGGAGGCCUCCGAUGGGCUCUCACACAACUCUUACUCAGGAAUGGCAAGAUGGGAUUCACUAACCCUGUCGCUACAAUCUUUUGGCUGAGUCCUUCCAUGGGAGUCAUACUCGCGGUCCUCAGUAUGAUAAUCGAGAGUUGGGGAUCCUUGUUCACUAGCAAAUUCUUCGAAACCUUCUGGGUAGCAUUGUCCACAAUGCUAUAUCUACUUGCACCUGGUGUCGUCGCCUUUUGUAUGGUCUUGAGUGAAUUCUAUAUCCUUCAACGUGCCGGAGUGGUACCUAUGUCCAUCGCUGGUAUUGCUAAAGAGGUCACUACAAUAACGAUUAGCGCGUGGUUCUUUGGUGACCAACUUACCCCACUCAACAUUACUGGCGUUGCUAUCACAGUUUGUGGUAAGUAUGACAGAAGGUUUUUCAUCCUAGCCACUAACGAAACGAAACAGGUAUCGUGCUCUUUACAUACCACAAAUACCGAAAAUCUCUUGAAUCUACGGUUCCUCUGGAUGGUCAUGGGAACCCGAUCAAUUUAGAGAUGGGUGACGCUCGCGGUGAUCAAGGGUAUCAAGUUGAGCUCGACGAAACUGCAAGAUUGACUCUUGGGCGUCUGAGUGACGAGGAGUCCGAUCACAACGCUUCAGAGGUAUGAUCACUAAUCUUCUCGUAUUUCCGUCCAUUGACCCGUUACAGCAGAACGGUGAUUCGAGGAGGCCCCACGGAAGAUGAAGAAGAAGACUCUUCCGCAAAUGACAUGACUAGUUCCGUUGAAAACGGUCGUGGAUCGCAGCCGGCGGGCGGACGUGACCGUUAGGAGUCAGAGAGGGAAAGGCGGUGUGGACAUAAUACGUCGGACGAUUGUGAAGAACCACAGUACUUUGUACAUAUACACUGACGCUGCGCCCACACGAAAUGAACUAGUUCACGAGCGGUUCGAGCUCAGUGGGUGGGCAGGUCGGUGGCCCUGAACCAGCGAACCCGGGCUGAUUCACGCGAAUAAAUCACAACGAGGUACUGUAAUGAUGGAAACAAGUUGUAGGGUGACCGACCAGACAUGUGGAAGGGAGCUAAUAGUAAUAUAAGCGAACUUGUAGCAUUGCUGUCCAGGCAGGGCUGAGAAAGCCGAGCAAUUUAUUUUAUAUUUUAU